AUGUUGACGCCGCCCUCGGUUCAUCGUUCGGUCGUUGCGCAGAACGCCUCGGAGAGGCGUGCAGUUGCCGCAGAGAGGCGUGAGCAGGCACUGGCAGCGCAGCUGGUGCAGGAAAGAGCCCAUGCAGUGGAAUGCAGACGACAGCAGCUACAACUUGCCCAGCGCGAGCGAGAAACCUAUUUGGAACAGGUUCGAGCCUUCUUUGAUAUGGCAUCCUCCGUGGGCGUACACGACAAACCUGUCAGUCUCUGUCAUCCGUCUGUUGGGCCUGGCUGGAACCGAGCAAGCAAAAGCUGCAGUUCGAACGAAAGGCGACCAGCCUCCGUAGACAGAACUGCGGUGACCGCGGUGUCUAAGUCGCAACCUGGCUGGAGCGAAGUGUCCACCGCUGCUCCCUCGACCGUGGGCGAGGAGGAUCAGGUGGAUCUAUGCACUACACCUGCUGAGGCAGACAUUGGGUCAAGGCUUAGUGCAUCUUUGCGUGCUUGGUUGAAUCGGGCUGACGAUGAUGCUUGCAAGGAGACUCAUUUGGCUGUCGACAGCAAAAUUCCUGAAGAGAUGGAAUGCAGCAGCUCGUUACAGCAACUCGAGGUUGCGCUUGCAGGGGAGAUCAGGGCAGGUGAAGAAAGGGAUCCGUUGGAUGAGACCCUUUCUUCCAGCGAAGAUGACGUCCCCGAGUCACGUGUGCCGUCAACACAAGUUCGCGAUCGCGCUUUGCCUUGCUCCAAGUCCGACAAUGCCACGAAGCCUGCGCGUGCACAAGCAAGUGCCAAUGCUUGUGACAGCUCACGAUCCAGGUGUUCUGUCCCAAGAGGGCAGUGCGCUGUUGCUGUGCGCAGGACGACAGAUGUGGAGCGAUGCCGAACACUUGAAGCUGCGCCAAAGCAGGCGCACAAAUCACAGGCCAAGCAGCCAAGCAGGACGCCUGCGACGAUGACCUCGCUAAAGGCGUUGUCUAGUGAAGAGGAGGCUCUGCAGAAGAGUUUGCUGCGCUUAGACUUUGAGGAGAUGAAGCGUCAGUUCAGUGGCAAAGAGCCCUUGUGGCGAGAUGCUGAGGUGAUGCGUGAUACCUUCAAGGAUGACCCUGACAGAGAAAACAAGCUCCAGGCAUCUCUCCAACGACUGGACGGAGCUUUCAACGUUCUGCAGAGUCAGGUGGAGGUCAGGCUGGAGAGAGAGCGGGCUCUUGCAGGCUGUGACAAGAAUCCAGGCAAAGCCAAUGCUCCAGCUUGCCAAAGGCGGAGACCAUUCAGCGCUGUUGGCCGUGGCCGCGCUGUGACUAGAAGACGAGCUCGAAGUCAGCCUGCAGUGCCGAUAAUAUCAUGUCCCCCGACUUCCAACUCCAAAGGCCGUGCAAGUACAUCCACGACGGAGGUUGGAUAA